AUGGGCGCGUCGAGUUCUCGCAGCUCUGUGCCUCGUUGGAACACGUUACACGAACGCGGUCGAGGAAAAGAAGAAGCAGACGCGAGAGGAAAAGAGACAGAAGAAAACGAAGACGUCGAGAAAGGCUUGUGUGGGUGCAAGAAAAAGAAAAAGACGAACGCGAAGUACGGAAGCAAUCACACGAAUACGAUUCAAUCAAAGGAGAAGACGAAGAAAAAGAAGGAAGAAAACUACGACGCGAUUAUAGGAGAUGAGAACGACGAAGACCGGCGACGUCGGUCGCGAUACGACGGACGGAGUUCGCAGUCGGUUUCGAGCGAAGACGAGGACGAAGUCGCGAAGCGAUUGCAAUACGAAAGCCUAAGCGCCAAGACGAAGAAAGGCACGCACGGGAGCAAAGAGAGUUCGUUGAAAAGCAGCGAGAAGAGCAGUAAGAAGCAACUGAGGAAGGAAAAAGAGCAGUUGGCGAUGAAUGCAAAGUUGUACGAUCUGGAGAAGCAAGAAAUUCUCGCGACGAGGAAAAAAUUAGCCGACGAAGAAGAGUUGGAAAAAGGCAGAAGGAUGUGGUUGUGUUCUGGAAGUCCGUGGGUUUCCAGAGUUGCGGUUUGCGUGUUACUCGUAUUAGUGGUAGUUUUAGCGACUAUUUUAGGCACCGAGUUGCAUUAUUACGAGAGAGGCUUGGCGUAUUUCAGAGGCGAAGAGUACAUUCCUCCGAUGGCGUACGACGGCGGGAGGAGUAGGAGGAAGAAAAAGAACUCUCGAAUCGACGACGAAGUGGAAGACGAAGACGAUGUAGAGCUGGGCGAGAACGAAGAGGAAGAGGAUGAUUCGGAGUUUGACGAGAACUUUGAUAAAGACGGCGGCGCUGGAGCGGCGCUUUCGGUAAACGAGCGCGAGAUUAAGAUGGCGAAGAAAUUGAUGCAAAAAGUGAGAAACUCCAAGACGCUUCCGAAAGAUCGCAAACAAGUCGAAUUGAGAGGAUUGAACGAAACAUUGACGAACUUACAGAUUGAAAGAGUUGAGCUUCUGAACGAAUUCGAUGAUAGCGAUGACGCUAAGUCCUCCUCUUCUGUCGCUAAGGUUGGUUUAAGCGGCGAAAUGGCGAAGAAGAUUGCGAAUAAGAACAGAAUUCUGGAAAACAACGAUCGAGACAAGACGGGCGCGUAUUACAACGCGAACGCACCGUUUAGGUACCCUUGGGGAGGCACGUCGCCUGGUACGAGUCAUUCAGAUGAAUCGAGUUCUUCGUCAAAGAAGGGAGGGCUCACCGAGGACGUUUCCGAGCAGGACAUUCUUCGCGGACAACACUUUGACGCGGACUUGCGAGGUAACGCGAUGUCGCGCGAGGAAGUCAAGUUGUCCGUCUCAGAUUUCAUCGCGCGUUUGAAAGAGAAAGAAGGCGUAAAAGGGUGGUCGAAGAACGUGAGAGAUACGGUCGCCUCGGACGAUUUUGCGCACAGAAUCGCGCGAUCGAUGGUAAACGACGUCCGAGGCGUUUCGGACGACGAGGACAUUUUGUGGUCGCACGCCGACGACGUUGCGUUGCCGGAAAAUUCGGAUAUCACCGAGGACGACGUAUUAUCUCGUCUAGAGUUGGAAAAGAAACUCAACGCCGUCGAACAAAGUCUCGCAGAGGAGAAAGGUAAAGACGAGUGGCUCGCGAGAACUGCCGCGAAGAACUCCGUCGACAAGUUUCUCAACGAAGCCGAUUUGAGAGGACGGAUCGAGAGCGGCGAGGUCGAUCCGGAAGUUCUCGAGAACUUGAUCGAAGCCGUGCAGCAAAGCGAGAAGUCCAAUAUCGACACCGUGAACACUGUUGAGAACGACGUCAUGAAGAAACUUCAUCCGGCGAAGAAAGCAAAGAAGAAAUCAUCCGCGAACAAGAAAAAUAGCGACGCCGACGACGUUCAAGAAGAAGGAGAGAAGCCGAAGGAAUCGCAUCCAAUGUCUCUCGAUGAUUUAUUCGAUAUUCCCACGGAUGGUUUGGACACCGGCGGCGACGACGACGACAACGAAACCGGAUCGAAGAAGAGCAAGAAAAAAAGCAUCAUCAGUAGUAAGAAUCGUAGCACUAGCAGCAGUAGCAGUAGUAGCAAAAAGAACGCGAAGAAGAGCAGCGGCGGCGACAUGAAAAAAGCAAAGAAAGGAAAAGAGGAAGAAAAAGUAGACUCGCCUUCGCCGCCCGAGGACGGGAAGAAAGGUUUACUGGACGAAAUCUGA